AUGAUGAUUAGAGUUCAAGAUGUGGUUUGGAUUUCUGGAUGCGGAAGUGAAAGCAAGCGCUCUUGCCAGCCCCCCAUCCGCGUCCUUCAACGCGCACUUGUCCUUGGUGACGCCAUCUGGAUCGCCGUCCAUUGUGACAGCCAGCACGAAGUCGUCCUCGACUUGAUCGUCAAGCGCAAACGACUUGACGACCUGUGUGCUAGCAUCAAGGACAACCGGUUUGAGGAACAAAAGGCCCGAUUGAAGCUUUCUGGCCUCCGAGACCCUAUCUACCUCGUCAAGGCUUAUAAUACUCAGUCUAACCUCGAAAGCUAUGGCCAGAUGAUCUACACCUCCAAGUUCGAGACCAUGCUUCUCAACAACUUCCAGCUCAAGGCCACACCCGAUUGGAAAGCCUCGGUCGAGUUCUUGGUUCGACGCUCCGAGGUCUUGCGCGACCUUCAUCAGCCAAUCCCCGGAGGAGUUCAAGGGCAAGGCCCGUGGAGGGACGAUUGCGGAGAUGAUGGUCUCGGCUAA